AUGCCUCCAGCACCAACACAGGAGCGUGAAGAAUCGUACAUCCCCGUAGCGUUGGCCCGAUCUCAACUGGGCAAAGUGGUGGCCGACAUGCACGCGAUGAAAGCCGAGCAAGUCCAGAAACUUAACGAAAUUCUUGAACACUACCGCAAUAUCGAGAAAGAUACGCGAGAGCGACAUGAAGCACGUGUACAAGCGCUCAAAGACCGAGCUGAAGCGAAGCUGAAGGAAUCGCGAAAGCGUCACGUCCAGCUAGAGAAGGCUGGUGUCGUUCGUGAGGAGAUCCACGCGAAGGAGAAACAGGCACUUGUUGAAGAGCAAGAGAAGCAGCAACUUCGCCAUCUUGAAGCUCAUGAAGACUGGAGACGAGAGUUUGAGUGCGCACUGCAAGCUCAUGAAGACAAGUUCGCUAGAGAACAGAAAGUGGCUCUGGAGGAGAUCGCACGCGUCUCUCGUGCUGCAAAUUUCACGGGCGAAACAGCUCGACAGCAGCUUCGCAACGAGCUGCAAAUGUGUAGUGAAGACGCUCUCGGCCAAGCCAUGCGUGUGGAUGACCAGCUUCAUUGCGCUCGGUUAACUAUGGAGAGUCAACAUCAAGCGUUCCUGGAUCGCGAGGUUGAGCUUCGACGACAUUUUGCGGGAAGACUUGAGGUCGAGCGGUUCAUCUACACACUUAUUGACAACGUUGUCGACAGUAAGCAGCAAGCUGUUGAAAUAAAGAGAGCUGAGGGUCUCCAGAACAAACUGCGUGAUCUCGAAGUGAAGGCCAAGGCGGCGGGGUCACGUGAAGAGAUGCUGGAGCGACGAUUGAAAGCUGCUCGCGAGCGAUUUGCAAUCAUGGAGAUUAAAGCUGUGCGAGAGACAGUCGAGCUGCUUGUUCAUGCUGUUGCUGUGACGAUCGAAGGCUAUGGUAAAGCUAAUCCUGCCACUUCAGAUGCCCCCACGCAGACGCACGACUUUGAAGAGGAAUCGAAAGAAGUAUCGGAAUUUGUAGCAGACGCUGAGGUCCCGACGCUUUCGCUGGAUAAAGUCAAGGACGAAAGUGAAGUUGAGGUCGCUCGUGAGCGGAAGAGAAGCUCGAAGCUCUGA